AUGAAGCUGCUGUGCUGUUCAAAGUCUUGGAAUAUAAAUUCCCAACAAUUUGACAGAGACAACGAUGUAUUUGAGAUCGUAUCACCCCUUCCAUGUGGGACCAUAAAGCAAGAUAAACCGUUCUCAAGUCCCCCACUUCAGCGACGUCUUGGCAUACGUGCCGAACCGCCAAGUUUGAAUGUUGCAGAGACUCAAACCAUUCCCAAGGAUAGGGAGACCGUCGAGUUCCUGAAGGUUGCCAUCCUCAAGAAUGACUACCUUAAGAACAUCAUGGACGACACGAGAUUGCAGCUGCUCGUGGAUGCAAUGAGUCCGGGAUUCGCGGAGGAGAACACCAUGAUUAUUCGCGAGGGAGACGAAGGAGACGCCAUGUAUGUGUCCUUUGAGGGAAAGUUCGCAGUGCUGAUUGACAAUAAGUUCAUGGGAGAUUUUGGACCGGGAACCUUAUUUGGAGAGCUCGCGAUUCUCUACAUGGCUAAGCGAUUCGCCUCAAUUCAAGCACGCACAAAUGUGCGAUUCUACAAACUCCCGCGACAAGUCUUCCAGAAGAUCAUGGUGAACACAGGACGAGAGGAGAGAGAGCACAACCUGCGUUUCCUGAAUAGCGUACUGUCGUUCCAGCGCUUCUCGAAUCGAUCAUUUGUCAUCAAUCGAAUGGCCGAUCUGCUCAGACGGGAAUUUUAUCCAUCCGGCUGGGAGAUCAUAAAGCAAGGCGACAAAGCUGACAAGUUCUACAUAAUUCGGGGCGGAACAGCGACGGUGACGCAAACAUACGAGAACGGGAGAGUCCUGGAAGUGGACGUGCUCAAGCGUGGAGACUACUUCGGUGAUCGAGCUCUGAUCACCGAAGAAACGCGCGAUUGCUCAGUGAUCGCUAAUAGUCCGGGAACGGAGUGUCUCAUCCUCGACAAGAGGGACUUCAUAAGAUACGUGGACUACAAGGUCUUGGAUCAGAUGGACACAAAACUGUCGAUGAAGGAUUUAACUGUGAUUGGCACGCUCGGUGUCGGUGGCUUUGGCCGUGUUGACUUGGUGACCGGACCAAACAACGAAACAUACGCUCUCAAGUGUCUUAAGAAAGUGGAUGUUGUUCAGCAACAACUGCAAGAGGAGGUUUACAGUGAGAAAAAAUUGCUGAAAAUGUGUGAUCACAGUUUUAUAGUUAAGCUGCGUGCCACUUUCAGAGACACCCGCUUUGUCUACUUCCUAAUGGAGCCCUGUCUCGGCGGUGAUCUCUGGACACUGCGUCAGAAGAAGAAGAAAUUCCGCGAGCCAGACGCCAGAUUCUAUCUGGCGUGCGUGAUAAGGGCCAUUGAGUACCUUCACUCGCACAAUAUCAUCUAUCGAGAUCUCAAGCCCGAAAAUCUCAUGCUAGAUUCCACAGGAUAUCUCAAAUUGAUUGACUUUGGAUGCUCUAAAAUGACAGUUCCAGGUGAGAAGACGUACACAUUCGUCGGGACGCCCGAGUACAUGGCGCCGGAGAUGAUCAUGAACAGAGGCUAUUGCCGAUCAAUUGACUGCUGGUCAGUCGGUGUGCUCGCCUAUGAGUUGCUCACGGGAAAGUCCGCCUUCGUCGGACAAACGAAUCUGGCCAUCUUCAGCAGGAUUCUCAAGGGCAUCCCCACAAAUCAAUACCCAUCUCAUCUCUCCAAGGAGGCCACGAGUCUUGUCUCGGGACUCUGCCGUGUGAAUCCCAUCACGAGACUCGGGUGCCAGAAGGAGGGCAUCUCUGGCCUCACAGAGCACGAAUUUUUCCGCAAGUUCAACUGGAAAACCCUCACAGCCAUGACAAUGAAACCACCGCACGUGCCAAAGGUGAAAAAUCUCGCUGAUCUCUUGGAAGACACCGAUCCCAAAUACGAACUGCCGCCAGAGGACUUUUCCGGAUGGGAUCAGGGAUUCGAGAGCUAAAUUGCAUGUUAUUUAUUUCACAUAUUUAUACUGUCUUUUCUACUUGUGCUAUUUAUAAAUUGUACACUUGAAAUCCACCUUUUUUUUCGCCUGCUUAUUUGCUCUUCCACUCUUGUUCAUGUCUCGCACUUUUUGUUCUCUCUCGAGCACUUUCACUAAAUUGGAUGAUAUGGGGAUAUAUUUUCCAGAGUGGCCAUGACUGUUCAGUCACAGCGAAGCGUAGAAAAUGAAUUAAAUCUACAUUCAUUUGCAG